CGCGUGCCUUCUUUCUCUUCUUUAUUUCAGUCAUCAUGGCGAACGGCAAGAAGCUAUCAAAAGAAGACGAGCUUUUGCUCCAAAACUUCAGCCGAUCAGUUUCCACAAAAUCCAGCAUUUUGUUCUACGCUAACGCUCUCAUCGUCUCCGCCAUCCCUCUAUGGCUCUUUUGGAGAAUACACCAAAUGGAUCCUUACUCCUCAGGGAUUCUUUUCGCCGUGAUGACGCUAGUUAGCACAUGGCUGGUGGCUUUCGCUUACAAGAACGUCAAAUUCCAAUUGAAGCACAAAAUUGCCCAGAGGAGAGAUGCUGCUAUCACUAAGGAAGUCAACCAGGAGCUGGACCCCAACAAGAAGCUUACACGCCAAGAAAAGGAUGAAAGGAUCCUAUGGAAGAAGAACAAGGUUGCUGACAUGGAAGCAAUGACCUUCUCCAUCUUCUACAACAAUGCCUUGUACCUCUUCCUUGUCCUGUUUGCAUCGUUCUAUGCCCUGAGGUCCCUGCAUCCAUCUGCUAACUACUUGCUCUCUACAUCUGUUGCUGGUGGAAUCCUUGCGCUACUGUCUACAGGAUCAGCUGCACAGUCCUGAACAACCAUGACAACAAUUUGAAAUAGCAAUGUUUGUUAACUUGUAUUGUAAAGGAUUUUAAUAAAGUCCAUAUUAAACUUCAUUUAUUUGUU